ACGCGACCCCGGCUGCAGCAGCGGCGACAGCGCUUGGCGCGCAGAGUUGCAGCCAUGGCUGUCGCUGUCGAGGGCACCCGCAGGAAAGAGCGCAUCCUCUGCCUGUUUGACGUGGACGGGACCCUCACGCCAGCUCGCCAGAAAAUUGACCCUGAGGUAUCAGCCUUCCUGCAGAAGCUUCGAAGUAGGGUGCAGAUUGGCGUGGUGGGUGGCUCUGACUACUCAAAGAUCGCUGAGCAGCUGGGUGAUGGGGAUGAAGUCAUUGAGAAUUUUGAUUAUGUGUUUGCCGAGAAUGGAACAGUGCAGUACAAGCAUGGACGGCUACUCUCCAAGCAGACGAUCCAGAGCCACCUGGGGGAGGAGCUACUGCAGGACUUGAUCAACUUCUGUCUUAGUUACAUGGCUCUGCUCAGAUUGCCCAAGAAGCGGGGAACCUUCAUAGAGUUCCGGAAUGGCAUGCUGAACAUCUCGCCCAUUGGCCGCAGCUGUACCCUGGAGGAGAGGAUUGAGUUCUCUGAACUGGACAAGAAGGAGAAGAUUCGGGAGAAGUUUGUGGAAGCCCUGAAGACAGAGUUUGCUGGCAAGGGGCUGCGGUUCUCCCGAGGAGGCAUGAUAAGCUUCGAUGUCUUCCCUGAGGGCUGGGAUAAGCGCUACUGCCUUGAUAGUCUGGACGAGGACAGCUUCGACAUCAUCCACUUCUUUGGCAAUGAGACCAGUCCUGGUGGGAAUGACUUUGAGAUCUAUGCAGACCCCCGGACUGUCGGCCAUAGUGUGGUCUCCCCUCAGGAUACUGUACAACGAUGCCGAGAACUUUUCUUCCCAGAGACAGCGCAUGAGGCAUGAUGGUGGCCACAGCUAAGCAUUGGGACCUUCAAAGAGCUCUGGUCAGGCCUGAAGAGAGAACCAUGGGGUGCCAAGGUUCCCAUUCCUCUGGACCAGCAUGUAGCAUCAUGUGGAGCACCACAAGGCCUACCCGCACAGGACCAGAGUCCAUGGCAACUGUCCCCUGCCAGCUGGCUCCCAA